AUGUUCUCGACCUUCUAUGAAACUGCCAGGAACUCUCCGUUCCGCAGCCCCUUGGGCCAAGUCCAGUGCGAGGGUGUUCCCGCUGUGACCUCCUCCGACGAACUGGACCUCGAGCCGGUGCAUGCCCGUCAGAUAAGUGCAGCUGCCGCGACCGUUGAUUCGUGCGAGUUCGGUAGCAACAAAUACUUUGCCCUCUGCGGAAUCGGUGGAAUUCUCAGCUGCGGAACCACACAUACCUUUGUGGUGCCCCUGGAUUUGGUCAAGUGCCGCCUGCAGGUUGAUCAGGCGAAAUACAAGAAUCUGUUCCAUGGCUUCAAGGUCACCGUUGCCGAGGAGGGCGUCCGCGGUCUGGCCAAGGGCUGGUUCCCCACUCUGCUGGGCUACUCUGCUCAGGGUCUCUGCAAGUUCGGCCUGUACGAGUUGUUCAAGGUAAAGUAUGCCAAUCUGCUUGGCGAGGAGAAUUCCUAUCUGUACCGCACCUCGCUGUAUCUGGCCGCCUCUGCAUCAGCGGAGUUCUUCGCCGAUAUUGCCCUGGCUCCGUUCGAGGCUGCCAAGGUUAAGAUCCAGACUGUGCCCGGAUUUGCCAACACCUUCCGCGAGGCGGUGCCCAAGAUGCUUAAGGACGAGGGUAUUAAUGCCUUCUACAAGGGUCUGGUGCCAUUGUGGAUGCGUCAAAUCCCAUACACCAUGAUGAAGUUCGCUUGCUUUGAGCGCACCGUUGAGCUGCUUUACAAGUAUGUGGUUCCCAAGCCCCGCGUUGAGUGCUCAAAGGGCGAGCAGCUGGUCGUCACCUUUGCCGCUGGCUACAUUGCUGGUGUGUUCUGCGCCAUCGUAUCGCAUCCCGCUGAUGUGGUCGUGUCCAAGCUGAACCAGAGCAAGGGUGCCAGCGCUGUGAGCGUGGCCAAGUCCCUCGGCUUCAGUGGCAUGUGGAACGGCCUGACUCCACGUAUCAUUAUGAUCGGUACCCUGACCGCUCUGCAAUGGUUCAUCUAUGAUGGUGUCAAGGUUGCUCUGGGCAUUCCCCGCCCACCACCCCCAGAGAUGCCCGCUAGCCUGAAGGCCAAGCUGGAGAAGCGCUAAGUGGAAACGACGGGCAGAACUCAAUGAUCCACUUGUAGUUUAAGGCCAGAGUUGAUGCGUUGGCGCGGAUUCGGGCUAAACCAGGAGCAAUAGCAGCAGCAGCAACAGCAGCAUACAUUUACUUUCUUUCGAUUAUGAAACGAGGUUAUUCGUUUUAAGAUUAUAUAUUUAAUUUCUAUAGAUUUUUAAUUUCUAAUUUCAAUGUUGUGUGUGAGCGAUGGACACAUGGACAUUCCAGUAACACUUCAUGCAUUUCUCUAUCAGCCAUUUAUCUACACUACACUACAAAACGCAACUUAAGCUGUCAGCAAAUCUUACAUUCUAUAGGCGAAUCUAUCUUAUGUAACUUAUAUUAUCCGCAAGCUAAAAGUAUUCCAACUAUAAUUUUACACAUAUAUAUAUUAUCUAAAAAUAAUGUGUGUGCCUAGCUGGCUCACGCUGGCUAGAAUGUUUCUGUGUUGUCUUGACUCCUGAGCUUCUUCCCAUAGCCCGGCCGCCCACUUUUACACCUUCCCCGUCUCCUGGUCCUGCCCCUGUCACACAUGCGAAUAUGAUAUUACGCUGUUUCAAUUGUUUGAUCCGAUCCCCAAGAAAGCACUCUGAAUAAAUUAAUUUAUAAAAUACA